AUGGGCGCCGGGAGGUCAGUUGUGCGGCGUUUAAGAAACACGUGCGAUUAUAAUAAACACCGAAAAUUGAAAAAAAAAAAAAAAGAAAAGAAAAGAAUAACAAUGGAGAAGAAUUUAAUUAUAAAUGUGACCUGCAAUCCACCUGUCAUUUCUAUUCUUGGCCCUGUGAAAGAAAGUACCAUUGAGAAGCUCAAUGAUGUGCUUCCGGGUGCUUGCACCACGACGAACACCGGAAAAGUUCAUUUUGCGUUUGUACGAAAGGAGGAGCCACCACAUUGGUACGGUGAACUUCAGACCCAUUUUGCCAGCGAAGAUAUUGGUCAGUCCCAACUUUUUGUUUCGUUACUCGAUGCGGUGGAGGAGGAGGGUAUGUGGAAGCUGUGCGGCAGCAAUGCGAACGUACAUGAUUAUGACAAGGCCACGCACAAGUUUUUUUUUGUUCGUGCGUAG